CACUCCAAACCACUUUCACUUUCUCAUCCUUUUGCUUCAUUGCAGUAAUACCCGACUUUUGGUCAAUUACAUUCGUUCGUCGUACAGACUAAUCAACCUUCAAAACAACAACCUCUACCUCGCCAACUCUACACGUCCAAUCUAUCAACGAGAUCACUUUAAAGUACAUAAUAAUACCAAUCUAAAUCCUUCAAUAUGCAAUUCUCUACCGUCGCAAUCAUCUCUGCUCUCGCAGCUUCCGUCUCAGCAACAGGAAACUCGAGUGCUCCAGCAAAUGCCACAAUGCCUGUUGUCUGGGUGACUGAUGUUGUUACUGCUUUCACCACUGUCUGCCCAAUGGCCACCACUCUCUCUUUCAACGGUGUAACUUACACUGCCACCGAGGUAAUUAUCCCAUACGAAACAUCAAGAGGAGUAGUUCGUGUGGUCGAUCCACAAAAGAAGCCACACGAAUACGAAAUUCUAAGUUUCAAGAUCGAGUUACUGGAGCACAAAAACUAAUAUCAUUCACAGAGUGAGACUGUCACUAUUACCAACUGCCCAUGUACAGUUUCCAAGCCAGUGUACACCACCUCUUCUGUCAUCUGCAACGACUGGUAUGUAUCCAGCAAUUCCACAAAAACAAACCAAAAGCGAGCAAAACUAACCUUUCCUAGCACUGCCGCUCCAACUGCCCCAGCAAGCUCUGCACCAAUCAGCUCCGGCCCAGCCUACGGUAACAGCACUGCACCAGCACCAACCACCGCCGUUACCGGUGCCGGAUCCGUCGGAACCAGCUCCCCAUCCGAACCAUCCGCCACCCCCUCCGGACCCCUCACCAUCAACACCAACAACGGAAACCGCGUCAUGGCAUUCUCAGGUGCUAGCAUUGCUGGUUUCCUCGCUGCUGCUGCUUUCAUCUUGUAAGCUUUUCUUCAAUUGAGAAAGCAAUCCCAAUGCAUCAGAUAUCUAUUCCCGCAUAGUCACGAACGAGCAAACAUACGAUAUUUCUUCCCGAGAUAUAUAAUCUAAUUCAUGGCCUUGUUUGUUCUUGGGAUUAAAUUAAAAAAAAUAAACAAUGUAUUGUGGAAAUGAGGAGGAAAGGUUGGGGAAAUGUGAAGAUUUACUAGAUGGUGGAUGGUGCGAAUCAAUGGGUACAACAAAUAUAGUUCAAAUUGAUUUAAUGCGGGGAGGGAUGGAGGAAAGGGAGGAAAGGGAGGGGAAUUCAAAUACUCAUGACGAUGGUG